GACAUGUUGAAAGGGAGAGCGCCUUCAGAGAAGCCUCGCUCUGGCGGCCUUCUUGGCCUGGGGCCUGAUAGCCGAGGACGAUCUCCGUCCCCUGCGCCUGAGUUGGGCUCUAAGCCCUCGCAACCUCCGGGGCCGGGGCGAGGUCGGGGGCCCUCGCCGGCUGCGGAGAGAGCCCUGCUAGGGCCAGUCGACAGCUUGCGCGGUCGAUCCAACUCCCCCAUGCCUGAGAGCCCUCCCUCCAACAACUUGGGCCUCGGCCCCGUCGACAGCCUGCGCGGCCGAUCGCAGUCUCCCGCCCCCGGCUUCGGCAUCGGCCGCGACAGAUCCGAAUCCGCAGGAUUCGGCAGUCGACAGCCUUCGCCGAAUCCUGAGGACAGUUGGAGGGACGAUCUCUCCCUUGCAGGCAGCGAAGACCCUCUAGCCGCGCAAGGAUUUGUGGCCCUUUCUCCUUCGACGCCUUCCAGGCACGAAGCUGCCUCUUUCGGGAGUCGGUCCUUCGACAGCCCGAAGACCAUGCGAUCGGAUCGAUCAGGAGCUAGCGAUCCACUGAGCCCGGUGGCUGGGCACGGCAGGUCGCUCGCACCCAUGUCAGGCCGUUUGGGUGCCUUGUCUCCUGCCGGCCCAGAGGCGCUUCGAGCUGGCGGUCCGCUCAUGGCCCCAGCGCAGGCUCGAAGUCGGCCCACGAGCGCUGUCCGGGGCCGCCGAGAGGCUCAUGAAGCCCCCACCCAGCUGGCAGAGCGGGCGAGUGCUGAAGACAGCUUUUCAUCCGGAAAGGAGAAGAAGGAGAAGAAGCAGAAGAAAGAAAAGAAGGAGAAAAAACACAAGAAGGACAAAAAAGACAAGAAGGACAAGAAGGAGAAGAAGAGGGCGAAAGACGAG